AUGGAGACUUCUCAUCGCGUACUGUACGCAGCCGAAGUUUGCUGCCUCGUUACUUCGCGCUCGGGCACCAACAUACCUUUUCCAGACCCUGCGUCACUUUCCCGGCCUGCCGGUGUUUCGGCAGAUGCAUACCGCCGUGGGGACCCGGCAAAGCGGGACACCGGCAAACGUUGGUCAGUCGACCCCGGACAGCAUGUCGUCGAUGCAACGGCCAAAAGGUUCGCUGUUCAGGACGCCGGCCAGUCUGUGAGCGAUGCCAGCGUGCCGACCGGUCCUGCGUCGGUGCACAGUGAUCCAGGCACCAGUAGUGACAAGGCGACUCACUCUCAGCUUCCUCAUUAUUCACUUGAUGCCGGAACAACCAUUUACGGAAUUCCGACCACGUCGCUCUACGAACUAAUCGACAUUUACUUUACACACAUAACAAACUCGGCGCUCCUUUUACACAAAGAUUCACUUCUGCAACAGCUUGCAAACAAUCAAGCCCGUGAUCACGUCAUUCUAAGUAUUUGUGCUUUAGCCGCCAAGCGUCAUAGCCCCGACGGCAGCAGUGGUUCUUUAAUAUGGCAGCAAGGCCUCGCCCAUCAAUGGGCCACACGAGCUGGCCAGCUUGUUUUCCAAGAACUGGACAAUCCACGGGAGGAGAACAUUGUGACCUUGACCAACCUCACCCUCUAUUGGUAUGAAGAAGGACAGUGGAAGCGAUGCAGCAUCUACCGAGGCAAUGCGCUUCUCAUUGCUCGCGUCGCGACGACCCCGAAUGCUUCCAACAGGGCUUCCAUGACACCGUUUCAAGCCGAGAUGCAGCGUCGCAGGCUCUGGGCCUGCUACCUGAUGACGGCCUACAGCUCCGAGCCGCACCUCCAGAGAUACACUUUUCAGCUUGUCAAGGACAUAGGACUCCCCUGUCAAGAUGAAGACUUCAAUCCGGAAAUGGCGAGCCCGACGCCACCGGGCAGCAACGAGCGCCAGAGCGUCAGCCUUGCUGGCGAGCUGAUUAAAAUUAUCUGCCUGUGGACCAAGGUUUGCGAAGUGGUCCAGAACAAGCCGAGAAACAUGCACUCGUAUCUGAUUGCGGUUCAGGAACUCGAUCUGGCUGUUUCCAAAUGGCAUCAAGGGCUCCCGUCCACGUACAAGGGACUCGACACUACCCUUGCUGAAGAGCAAGCCACAUUCCCAACGGUCCAUCUACUGCACUUCUUCCACCAUCAAUGCAUGUGCUCCUUGCACGCCUCCCUUGUGCCGCUAUACUGCUGGGGCGGGCUGCCCAACGACCGCCAACCCUACCCUUUGGCUCAGCAGCUCUCCGCGCAGACUGCCCUGGAGCACGCUCGCUCAAUCUCCGAGCUGGCAUCAUCGGUCCUCGCCGGCGCGUACCCCGUCGCGCGCAGCAACAGCUUCGUCGGGUACGCCUGCUACUGCGCGUGCGCCGUCAUGAUUCCCUUUUUGCGCUGCGCAGACCCCGCGGUCAAGGCGCAGGCGCACCGCGACGUGCUCUCCAAUCUGGCGGUGAUGCAAGCUCUCGGGCAGUACUGGAGGUUUACGAAACUUUUGGGAGCAAACAUUCAGACGAUAUACAGGACGCAUUCCCAAUUUACCCACUGCAUCGACGACGAACCCAAGAAUAUGAGCCCUUCAAGGCUCGAGGAAGCCAGCGUAGAGGUCAAGCGGGUGACAUUGUCCGUCGUCGGCCACAACAGGAUACUGCAAGGGCUUGCAGACGAUGAAGCAACCAAUCUCGGUGUUGGUCCGGUAUUCAAUGAGGACACCAUCAGCAACUUGAUUUGCGAGGUGAAAGAUUCAUUGCAAGUCAGCUUGCAGCCUCAGAAUUUCGGCGCGGGAGACGACGCCACAAUGUUCCGUUACACCGCCCAGAGCUUUGUCUCGCAACAGCAGCUUGAAGCUAUAAAUGGUUGUCCGUUUGUAUUUGCUGGUAGCAUUGACUACACUCUGGAGGAUGGCAGCACCUUCUUUCCAUCAGAUGACCAAAUUGCAAGUUGA